AUGUGUAUUAGUUGGGGACGGCCAGAUCCUAUUAUUAAUAUAAUUAUUUCUAUAUUGUUCACCUUUUUCAGAACUGUGGGUAAAGCAUACCUCGCAAGGACAUACAUGACAGACAUAUACCCAAAUGACUACUUUCCCAUUGUUUUUGAUAACUUUGAUCAUAAGAUGGUUGUCAACGGAGAGUCCGUUAAUCUGGGCAUUUGGCUUACGGCCGGUCAGGAGGACUACGACCGACUGCGGCCCCUAUCCUACCCGCAAACCGACGUCUUUCUCAUAUGCUAUUCAGUGGUCAACCCCUGGUCUUUGACAAACGUACGGACCAAAUGGUAUCCCGAAGUGAGACACCACUGUCCCAACACACCCAUAAUACUGGUGGGCACUAAACUGGACCUCCGGGACGAUCCCGAAACACUAGACAGACUAAAAGGUCGCAAACAGACACCCAUUACACGCAGGAAGGGCAAGGCUAUGGCUAAGGAUAUCGGCGCCGUUAAGUACGUGGAGUGCUCGGCCCUCACACGGGAAGGCCUUACGAAUGUGUUCGAUGAGGCCAUACGUGCCGUCCUGUGUCCUCGGGUCAAGAGUGUGGGUAAAACAUGUCUAUUAAUAAGUUACACGACAAACGGAUUUCCCGAUGAAUACAUUCCCACCGUUUUUGACGACUAUUCCGCUAAUGUGAUGGUCGACGGAAAGCCCGUCAAUCUGGGCCUCUGGGAUACGGCCGGUCAUGAGGACUACGACCGACUGCGGCACCUAUCGUACCCGCAAACCGACGUCUUUCUCAUAUGCUAUUCGGUGGUCAACCCGUCGUCCUUUGAAAACGUACGGUUCAAAUGGCAUCCGGAAGUGAGACAUCACUGUCCCGACAAACCCAUUAUACUGGUGGGCACUAAACUGGACCUCCGGGACGACCCCAAAACGCUGGACAGACUAAAAGAUCGCAAAAUGGCACCCAUUACUUACAUGAAGGGCAAAGCUAUGGCUAAGGAUAUCGGCGCCGUUAAGUACGUGGAGUGCUCAGCCCUCACACGGAAAGGCCUUACGAAUGUGUUCGAUGAGGCCGUACGUGCCGUUCUAUGCCCUCAGGUCAAGAGUCAGAAAUCUUGUGCUGUACAAUAA